AUGCCGGAGUGGUUUGGGCCGGGCGCCUGGGAGAUGAUGGUUGUGGUUGGUGAUGUGGAGGAGAGAAAACUGUUCAUCAAUCCGCGUGUCUAUUCGUCUAUCCAUCAAUUUGUCAGUCUGUCCAUCAAUCUGUGUAUCUGUCUAUCUCUCGGUCCAUUCAUCUAUCUGUCUGUCUGCUUAUCCUACCGUCCCCGUGUCUGUCUGUUAAUUCGUCCGCCCGUUUCCCAGUCCGUCUGUCUGUGUCUCGGUCUAUACAUCCUUUCCUCUGCCUGCCUAUCCAUCUGCACCCCCGUCUGUCCGUUCAUACAUUGGUCUCUCUUGUCUCUCUUACUCUCCUUACCAAAUGUCUCUCUUAUUCUCCUUACCAAAUGUCUUUCUUACUCUCCUUACCAAAUGUCUUUCUUACUCUCUUUACCAAAUGUCUCUCUUACUCUCCUUACCAAAUGUCUCUCUUACUCUCCUUACCAAAUGUCUCUUUUACUCUCCUUAUCAGUGUCUCUCUUACUCUCCCUGCCAAAUGUUUCUCUUACUCUCCUUCCCAAGUGUCUCUCUUGCUCUCCUUACCAAGUGUCUCUCUUGCUCAUUAUAAAUUUAUCUCUUACUCCCUCAAUUAAUCUCUUUUACUCCUCUCUUUAUCAAUAUCUCCCUUACUUCCACACUUUUUCUCUUUAUCAAUCUUAA